AUGGCCUUCUCAUUCGCGUUCGCCAGCGAUGGUGCAAGUGAUGAUGAAGGUGUCGUGUCUACAAGUCAGCAACCAGCGCCUGUCGCUGCCACUCCUGCAGAAGUAGCAGCCAAAUCGCAUAAGCUGGAGGAUCUGCUAUCAACAUUGCCCGAGCGAUUGAGCUACAGCACCGUUCGCGUUGAAUCUCCUCUGGGCAAAGUCAUUUACCUGCCACGCCGGGAGCUAUUCGAUGUACGGGUUCAAUUGCUCCAAGAUGUGUCGACCGACAAUGACAAUGUGAUCGACCAAUUUGAGAAUUCGGACAUUCGAGCAGGUGUCUACGAGGGAGGCUUCAAGACGUGGGAAUGCUCUCUUGAUCUUGCGAGCCUCUUGCUCGAUCGAGGCCCUCGGAAAGACAUCGAUGAGCUUACACGAUGCGAUCAAAUCGUCGAACUUGGCUGCGGAACUGCUCUACCUACUCUCACAUUGUUCAGACAUGCACUGCUGAAUGAAGCCUCAGGAUUGAGGUUCACGUUGGCCGACUACAACGAGGAAGUCCUACGACUGGUGACUCUGCCCAAUAUCCUCCUGACAUGGGCCGCGAAUACGCCCGGAACCGGUUUCUCAGACUCAAACACCGACGGAACGAGCGCUGGCGACCUUGAGCUUACGCCAGACCUUCUCCAGCGCUUCACAGAAGAUCUGACCACCAAGAGAAUCAAUCUCAACUUCAUCUCAGGAGCGUGGUCGCCAGAUCUAGCAGGCCUCAUUCCUACAUCAGCCCCGGACAUGGGCUUCGUAGUUUUGGCAGCCGAGACGAUCUACAGUCCUGCCUCGACGGAUUCGUUUGUAGACCUGCUGGUACUGCUUCUCAAGCGAGUACAGAUGUCGAAAGCUAUGCUGGGUGCGAAGAGAAUAUACUUUGGGGUUGGCGGUUCGGUCGACGGGUUGAAGGAAGCGUGUCGAGAGAAGGGAGCGGUCGCAUCCGAGAUCGAAAAUCAUGGCGUGCAAGGCAUGGACGCAGGUGUUGGUCGAGCUCUGGUCGAAGUUCAAAUAGCACUUCCGGACAUCUUCACGAUCGAGACCCGACUGGAUUGCGACCGCGCGCCGUCCUGGCACCCGAACAAGGAGAGCGCACGAGCAGGCGAAGAGCCUGACCAGAUCUGCUCGCUGGUGCCCGCAACCUGCGAGCAGUGCUCAUACAUGACCUGCAUCGCAAACCCUGUCCCGGCUCCUCCGUCCAGCAAGACCAAUGUGGGAGCGAUCGCAGGUGGCGUAGUAGGCGGAAUGGCUUUCAUGGCUCUGGCUGUGUUUUUCCUCUGGCGAUUCUGGAUCAAGAAGAGGAGGGAGCAACAAGAGCUGGAAGCGGAGGAGUGGGAGGAAGAUGAGAUCGAUCAGCAGAAGGGAACGGAGCGCAGAUUCACAGCGAUGCGCGCGGAUAAUGCUUCGACACGGACAAGAGGCUCCAUCGCGAACAGUAUUCUCAGUCGGGCGAGCAACAUCAUUCAAAUCGCGUACAUUCCCGGAGUCACGAAUCGCAACGGGUCCGGACACAACAGCGUUGCUCCAGUUCCGCCGAUUCCAGCAGCCUAUAGGAAUGCACCACCGAAAAGUCCUCUCAGCGGAGAGAAUGAUGCAUUGUUCUUCCGACCUGGCGAUCUUCGCGGCAGCACAUACUCUGGAAACUCUUCGCUACGAUCUGGCAACCGCGAUACACAAUACACUCGACAAUCAAUCACACCAUCUUUGGCUCGGUCGUCUAUGAUGUCGGGUCACUCAGAUGUCUACCGAGAUGAUGCUACAACCGAGCCUAUGCCUGCUCUGACAGUGAUGCGCGCGGCGCCGCGAAUGGUGUCGGUCAAGUCAUCUGCCACCUCACCCUCGGAGUCCAUCAACUCGCCUGCUCCGUCGCUACCGAGCAGCGCGAAAGUCAUGGUCCCAGGCCAGGGAAAUGCGGCAAAUUCGAACUCUGCGCAAAGCGUGCGUGCAAAAGCUACGCAGAUCACUGUCGGCAAAGCCAAGGCCGGGAAGAGUACUCCCGAUACAAAUGCAAGCGAUGCGUCCACGGCUCCGUCAUCGCAAUUCACGCCCGCAACUUCAUCCCCACUGGUCUCGAUUUCCACCGACGACGACGACGAGGAGGAGGAACACUCCCGCGCUCGGCAAAGCCUAGGCACGGCGCCGAUGCAAGCCCCGCUGCUACCUCUCAUUCAGCCCUCCGAAAGUCCCUUCUUCGAUGCAUCAGAAACACAAUCUAGUAACGCAUCGCCCGCCGGAAACAAACCGAAUCCAUACGCGACGAUGGCUUCAUCGGUACGAAACAACCCGGACCGACCAAAGCGCUCCUCUCGAGGUCCAUCGAAUCUCAGCGCGGUGUACGAAGAGAGCACUAAAAGCAAUAAAACGGCCGGACGGGGUUCGGAGAGCGAGGGAGAGGGCUCUGCAGCGAAGCCCGCGGGAGGCGGUCCUUUCAGUGAUGCGCACGCAACGAAACGAGAGGACAUGAGAUGAUCGUAAGACAAGCUGGAAAGAAGACUUGCAGAUCUUGAGUAAAAGAAGGAUGACGGGAAGGAUUUCAGCGAGCAGGCUCGUCUCGAAACGACACGAGGCACGAGUUUACGCUGGCGUUACGGAUUGAAAGCGGGCUCUUUUGACCGCUCGGAAGGACCUUUGGUAUUUGCGAAAGGAUUGGGAUAUCGUCUGGUUUGGAAGCCGUUUCUUAUGUGGCGAUGAACCGCUUUGCUUCGCUUCUCAUGUUGAUG